AUGUCUCGACUAAGUGUGGUUAUUGUGCUAGGUUUGAUCGGUGCUAUUUACGCCAGAACCCUCCCAGAUGAAUAUACGGCGUGGGAAGGUCGCAUUGUAGGCGGUUCCAAUGCUGCCGAAGGACAGUUUCCGUAUCAGGUGUCGCUGCGAUCAGCCGCCAAUAGCCACUUCUGUGGAGGCUCAAUCAUCAACACCAAUUGGGCGAUGUCUGCGGCACAUUGUACUGUCGGCAGAACAGUAGCAAACACUAUUGUGGUUGCAGGAUCACUUUUGUUGAACGCCGGAGGAACAACACAUCAGGCACAGACUAUCGUCAAUCAUCCUGCAUAUAGCUCGUUGACAUUGGCAAACGAUAUCUCUUUAGUGCGCGUGGCAACUCCUUUCGUUUUCUCACCGACUGUCGGUUCUGUUGAAUUGGAAUCAAACUUCAUUGAAUCUGCAACUGGUGCGCAAGCAUCCGGCUGGGGUCAAACAACGCACCCAGGCUCGAUACCAAAUCACCUGCAGUGGGUCAACGUUGACAUCAUCACCUUGGCAGCCUGUAGGGGCGCUCAUAAUGCGGUAAACGCUGCCCGGGUUCACGAUAAUACAAUUUGUACCCAAUCUCCUGUGGGAGUAGGCAUGUGCAUGGGAGAUUCCGGUGGUCCACUGUCGCACGCAGGCUUCCAGCAGGGUAUCGUUUCGUGGGGCAUUGCUUGUGCGCAAGGUUUUCCGGAUGUUUUUGCUCGCGUUUCUUCCCACCGCGCUUGGGUUUUGGAAAAUACAGCCAACUAA